AUGAAGGCUUCUCUUUUCCUCACACUUGCGCCCGUGGUCUUCGCAGCGCCGGCCCUUGUGAAACGAGCAGCACCUACCGUGGUCGCUCCAUCACCAGCAGCUACUGUUGUGGGACGAAGCCUUCUCGGGGUUGACACAUUCAAUGGCAUUCCUUUUGCAAAAUCGCCCGUCGGACCGCUCCGUCUCAAGCCCCCGCAGCCAUUGACUUCGGCCGUUGGCCGGGUCGACGGGACUGGCACUCCCAGGGCUUGCCCUCAAUUCUUUUUCAGCGUCGAUGGCGGCAGUAUUCCCACUGAUGCCCUUGGGCAGGUCCUCAAUCUGCCCCUCUUUCAGCAGAUCACCAACGCCGGGGAGGACUGCCUCACCAUCAAUGUGCAGCGACCCGAGGGGACGACAAAAGACUCCAAAUUGCCAGUCCUGUUCUGGAUCUUUGGCGGAGGGUUUGAGCUCGGCUCUACGUCCAUGUACGACGGAACGAGUUUGAUCGCAGAGUCGGUCAAGCAGGGCAAGCCGAUUAUUUUUGUUGCUGUCAACUACCGCGUCGGUGGUUUUGGUUUCAUGCCGGGGAAGGAAAUCCUCGCUGAUGGAUCCGCGAACCUUGGGCUGCUGGAUCAGAGAUUGGGCUUGCAGUGGGUGGCUGACAAUAUUGCGGCUUUCGGCGGUGACCCCGAUAAGGUAACCAUCUGGGGGGAGUCUGCGGGUUCCAUCUCGGUGCUCGACCAAAUGGCUUUGUUUGACGGAAACAAUAAGUAUAAAGGCAAGCCGCUUUUUAGGGCGGGCAUCAUGAACUCGGGCACUGUGGUUCCAGCUGACCCUGUGGACGGCGAGAAAGGCCAACAGGUAUAUAACAAGGUCGUGGCAGCCGCUGGAUGCUCUUCUGCUUCCGACACCCUCGCCUGCCUCCGUUCCAAGGAUUACACAACCUUCCUCAACGCAGCCAACUCGGUUCCCGGAAUCCUCUCGUACAACUCCGUAGCGCUCUCGUACCUUCCGCGCCCGGAUGGCCGCACCCUCACAGAGUCCGUGGACGUCCUCAUCCAAAAAGGCAAAUACGCCAAAGUCCCCUUCAUCACGGGCAACCAGGAAGACGAAGGCACCCUCUUCGCGCUCUUCCAAUCCAAUAUCACCACAAAGUCCGAACUCGGCACCUACCUGAAAAAAUACUUCUUCCCCGCCACCGACCGAGCCAUCGUCGACGGCCUCAUCGACACCUACCAGACCAUCACCGACGACGGCUCCCCCUUCCGCACCUCCCUCCUCAACAACUGGUACCCGCAAUUCAAGCGCCUCGCCGCCAUCCUCGGCGAUGCCGUCUUCAUCCUGUCCCGCAGGUUAUUCCUCGAGACAGCGACGGCCGUCAACCCGGACGUCCCCAGCUGGAGCUACCUCGCCACGUACGACUACGGAACUCCCAUCCUGGGUACCUUCCACGGCUCCGACUUGCUCCAGGUCUUCUAUGGCGUUUUACCCAACAACGCGGCGAAGUCGAUUCGCGGGUACUACUUCAAUUUUAUUUACAAUCUAGAUCCGAAUGGGAAUGGGUUGAUGACGUGGCCUAAGUGGAAGGAUGGGCGGAAGUUGAUCAGGUUUGAUGAUGAUCGGAAUUCGUUGGUUGGUGAUGAUUUUAGGAGCGACAGUUUUGAGUUUGUUAAGAAGUAUUUGAAGAGCUUCUACUUUUGAGGGCAGUGGGGAGAAAAGGCGAGGGGGAAGGUCUAGGUAUGUUUAUGAUGAGAUAUACGGGUGAUAGUUAUGAUAUUGAUGGAUGCGAUACCCAUGAAUGAAUGAAUGAACUGGCUAUAAUUGCG